CAUGUUCUUCUUCUUCUUCUGCAGAAGGCGUACAGCAUCGACCGCGAGCCGCCACCCAAGCAGCAGUGUGUGAAGAAUGGAAAGCAUCCAAACGGCAGAGCUGCAGACUUUCAUCAUGAAGAGAAGUGAAGCUGAAGCAGUGUGGGAGAGAGAGAGGCAGUCAUGUUGCUUUACAAAGAGGAGGAGGAGGAGGAGGAGGAGGAGGCAGGGAGACAAUCAGAGGAUCAUGUGACUGCUGUUUUACACUCGGCUUGGUUCAGUCUGGAGGAGAACAUGCAGACUCACACAGACUGAAGCACAUGAGGAGCAUCAGGACAUGGAUCAGAGGACGAGCAGAGAGGGGAUGGUGAAGUCUGCUUCAGCAUAUGCAGGCCUGCAGCAGCAUCUGUCUGAUGAUGUCCACAGGAAGCCGUCUCCAGUGUCCAGCUACGUCCCCCAGCCCGACUACCUGGACAGAGACGAAGACGAUGACCUCAUUAAACCCAAAAAACUGGUCAAUCCUGUCAAAUCUUCAAAAAGCCACCAAGAGCUUCACCGAGAGCUGCUGAGCAGCUACAAACGGGCUGGCGUCAGCGUGGAGACGAAGCCGGAGCUGCAGAGAGUUCUGGAGUCCAGGAAGAGAGAUCAGCUGAUCAAACAGAGGAAGAAGGAGGACGAAGCUCGCAGGAAGAUUUCACCGCUAGAGGCUGAACUGAGGAAGAGACACCAGAAGCUGGAGGAGCUGGAGAAGCAGCACGAGCUGCAGCAGGAGGAAAACCUGAAAGCGCCGGAGUUUGUCAAAGUGAAGGAGAAUCUGAGACGGACGUCGUUUCAAAGUAAAGACGAAAAAGAGGUGUAGAGACAGAGCUGCUGACACUGAGGACACGCUGAGGACAUGCUGAGGACAUGCUGAGGACAUGCUGAGGAGGACACGCUGAGGACAUGCUGAGGAGGACACGUUGAGGACAUGCUGAGGACAUGCUGAGGACAUGCUGAGGAGGACAUGCUGAGGACACGCUGAGGACAUGCUGAGGAGGACACGUUGAGGACAUGCUGAGGACAUGCUGAGGAGGACAU